AUGGAGAAAAGCACGCAAUCAGGUCCGGCAUCGGAUCUCGAGGCCAGCACCACAACACCGCAGACACCGCAACGGUCGACAUUUGCGCAACGAUGGAGGCAGAACUUGGAUCCAACUAAUGCAGAUCUGGUGUGUCUUGUGCUAUGUUUCCUGACUGGCCUGUGCGACAGCAGUGCGUAUAAUGCCUGGUCCUGUUUCUUGGGCAUGCAAACUGGUAACACCAUCUUUUUGGGCCUGGGAGCCUCCAAUCAACCCGUCAGCAAGCCGUGGGGAUGGCUCAAGUCUCUCAUCUCCAUCGUCUUCUUCUUCUCGGGGGCCAUGAUCUUCUCUGCUGUGAUGCGACGGGUCGGGGCCCUGCGUCGAGGAACCCUCUUCGUUUCCUUCAUGGUUCAAACCAUCCUCAUCAUCAUCGCCGUAGCCAUCAUUCAAGCCGAUUUGAUUCCCCACUCUUCCACCGACAUGGGUCUCACGGGAGGACCUCUGUUCCUUGAACUGAUCCCGAUCGGCCUGCUGGCCUUCCAAUCAGCCGGCGCUAUGACCUGCAGCCGUUCCCUGGGUUACAAUGAGAUCCCAACCGUGGUCUUGACCAGCGUCUACUUUGAUAUCGCCUCAGAUCCCAAGAUCACCGACAAGCCCACCGGCAAUGUUAAGCGCAAUCGGCGGGUGGGUGGCGUGGUCUGCUUGCUGAUCGGGGCUAUUGUUGGAGGUUGGUUGAGUCGGAGCAGUGGGGGCAUGCAAUCCGCUUUGUGGAUGGCUGCGGGUAUCAAAUUGGUGGCGGCCGUGGGUUGGCUCUUCUGGAGGGCUGCGCCGCCCAAAUAG